AUGGACGACGGCGCAGCCACCACGUUCGUCCAAGGUGGCGCCGGCGACGGCUGCGGCGCGCACGUCCUGCUCGAGCUGGAGCUGGCCUUCCACGGCCUGCUCCCGACCCUGGUGGCUGACGUCCUCUCCACCGGCUCCACCUCCAGGUCGUGCCCGUUCCCCGUGGCCGCCAUCUCGGACGGCUUCGACGCCGGCGGGAUCUCGUCGUGCCUGGACGUCGCGGAGUACGUGCGGCGGAUGGAGGCCGCGGGGUCGGACACGCUGGCGGCGCUCCUGGACGCCGAGGCCCGCGCGGGGCGGCCCGUCCGGGCGUGGGCCGGGCGCGUGGCCCUGCCGCUGGCGGACGGCGGGGAGCUUCGCCGGAGUGGGAGGCUCGCCGUGGAGCUGGGCCCCGACGACGUGCCGCCGUUCGUGGCGGCGCCCCAGUGGUACCCGGCGUUCACGGAAUCCGCGCUGAGCCAGUUCGACGGGCUGGAGCUCGCCGACGACGUGCUCGUCAACUCGUUCCGUGACCUGGAGCCGAGGGAGGCGGAUUACCUGGAGUCGACGUGUCGCGCGAAGACCAUCGGGCCGACACUGCCGUCGUUCUACCUCGACGACGGCCGGCUGUCAUGCAACAAGACGUACGGCGUCGACCUCUUCUCGGGCACUGAUCAGGCGCCGUGCAUGGCGUGGCUGGACAAGCAGGAGCCCUGCUCCGUCGUCCUCGCUUCGUACGGGACCGUCGCCAACCUCGACGCGGCGCAGCUAGAGGAGCUAGGCAACGGACUGUGCGACUCCGGCAAGCCUUUCGUCUGGGUGCUGAGGCCCAACGAGGCAGACAAGCUGUCUCAGCAGCUCAGUGGCAGGUGCAAGCAGAGGGGCCUCGUUGUCCCCUUCUGUCCUCAGCUUGAGUGGGCGGACCAGCCGACGACGGCCAAGUAUGUGGAGAGCGCGUGGGGGAUUGGAGUGCGCAUGCGGAAAGGAUUGGUGAGGAGGGAGGAGAUGGAGAGGUGCAUCCGAGAGGUGAUGGAAGGGGAGAGGAAGACAGAGUUCAGGCAGAAUGCGACGAAACGGAUGAAGAAGGCCAAGGAAGCGAUGCAGGAAGGAGGGAGCUCUGACAAGAACAUUGCUGAAUUCGCAGCCAAGUAUAUUUAUCAAAGUAGUUUCCCAUUAUGUUCUCGCGGCUGGUGGUUUGCGGCUCUAUAA